AUGCCACCAAUGAAGCAGAGCCAAUCUAUGCUUAACUUGCCCAAACAUCGUCGUAACACAAGACAGCAGAAAUCCAAAUCUAUACACGAUGAAAGCAUCAUUCAAAUCGGUACACAUCAAGGACCGCAACAAACUACGGCUGCUAGUAACAAGCUUGAAAGUAAAAUCCAUCAAGAACAUUUAAACGAAACAGACAAGCUUUUAAGAGCUUUUGAUUUAAAUUACGCUUAUGGCCCUUGUGUCGGCAUAAAAAGAAUGGAUCGAUGGGAGCGAGCUUACAACCUGGAAUUGUAUCCACCUACCGUCGUGAAGGACAUCUUGAUCAAGGACAAGACUGGAAAAUACAUGGAAUCCGUCUUUCAUCAGUUCCGAAUGAUUUAA